AUGAUUGACUCCGUCCAGAGCGGCUGCUAUGUGGCGCUCAUCUCGCUCAUGCUGGCGUCCAACUUCGUGAUCAUCCCCGUGCCCGUACAGCUCAUCACGUCGGCUUCGGCCAUCGUGUACAUCGGUUCGACGUUGUCGCUGAAGCUCAAGCAUGCGCGCGAGGCCAGCGGCGAGAAGAAUGAGGAGGUUAUGAAGGCCGAGGACGCCUACAUGUUCCCGUUGUUGGGCUCCGGCGUGUUGCUGGGUCUGUACAUUCUCUUCAAGGUCUUCGACAAGGACCUCGUAAACUUGCUGCUCACCUCGUACUUCGCUCUCAUCGGCGCCUACAGUCUGACGGAGGCCUUUAGUCCUUUGCUGUCCAGACUACUUUUCAAGGGUAGUCCCAAGGUCUACAAGCACAGCAUGAAGAUCCCGUUCUACGGCGUCUACAAGCUCGAGUUGUCCACGGCCUGGACGCUCACCUUUGUGUAUGCUGCUGCCUUCGCCGCCGCCUGGUUCCAGACGAAGCACUACCUGCUCAACAACAUCUUCGGCAUCUCGCUGUCGAUCAAGGGCAUCGAGUCGCUGUCGCUUGGUAGCUUCAAGGUGGGCGCUAUCCUGUUGUGUGGCUUGUUCUUCUACGACAUCUUCUGGGUCUUCGGUACCGACGUUAUGGUCACAGUGGCCACGUCAUUUGAUGCACCGAUCAAGCUCAUUUUCCCUCGUGAGUUCGCUACCGAGACGGAGAAGCAAAAGAACUCGAUCCUCGGUCUGGGAGAUAUUGUUAUCCCUGGCAUCUUUGUGGCGCUGCUGCUCCGUUACGACGCGCACCGUGCCAACGCGACCGACAGCUCGCAGUCGUUCCCCAAGCCGUUCUUCCACGUGAACCUGCUCUUCUACAUCCUUGGACUCGUGGCUACUGUGUCAGUCAUGUUUUUCUUUAACGCUGCACAGCCGGCGCUGCUGUACCUUGUGCCGGCGUGCCUGGGCUCAGCUCUGGUCACGGCACUUGUCCGUGGCGAGUUUAAGGAACUUUUCGAGUACUCGGAAGAGGAAGAGGAGGAAGACAGUGAUAGCCAGGACGACAAGAAGGACGGAGACAAGAAGACCGAAGACGAGAAGGAGGACAAGAAGUCCAAGUAA